AGCAAAGAGUGCGGGAGGGGGGCGAGACAACCGACGAGGUGAGGGGAAGUGAGAAUCCUCUUGGAUGGUGGGUCAACAGAUAAGACUGCGAAAACCAAGAAAAAAAAAUUCAGCUUAAAAUACUCAAGCAGGAUAUUGUUCCACCUUGUUUUCUUCCCUUCAUCUUCUGAAUAUGUUGAAGGCCCUGGCAGGAAUCUGUUUGCUUCAUCUUACUACAAUUUUCUUCCUCUUUUGGGCAACUAUAGAUGAUGCAUGGUGGUUUACAAGGACACUUUACACAGACCUGUGGGGCAGAUGGGUGAUGGAGAACAAUGACAAUGUUUGGGUGUACAUGGACAUACCCACCUCUUACCGGAAAGACUAUCUGCAGGCGGUACAGGCCUUUGCAGUGCUGUCCUGCCUGUUUGCUGUGAUCUCUCUCUCUGUGUUCAUAUUUCAAAUCUUUACUCUGGGUAAAGGAAAGCGCUUCACCAUCUCCGGUGUUGUGCAACUCGUCUCCUGUUUCUGCAUAAUGGUGGCUCUGUCAAUCUACACUGAUCAUUUUCACAGAGGUGAGAAGGAUGGGUGGUAUGGCUGGUCUUACAUCAUGGCCUGGUUUGGAUGGCUGCUGACCCUCUUCACAGGAAUUAUGUAUAUCAUCCUACGAGUGGAUUAAACUUUAGCCCUCGCCCUCAGUGCAGAUCUUCAGCCUAGGUUAUUCUUUUGUCAUGGAAAAUCUACUGUGGACUAUGAAUUAUUGUUGGUGCAGAAAGCUACACAUAAUGAGUUGUCUGAGAUGUUACAGGUCUCGGUUUGAAUUGUUGGAACUUUUGAACGUUUUGCAAAACUUAAAAUCUACCAAUGAGAAAUGCUUUACUCAGCAUUUCAAGAAACAUGGCCAGAAAGUUUUCUUAAACAAAAAGAUAAAUGUUGGAAUAGAGUGGAUUGUUGUGAUAAAGCACUGAGGGCAAUGAGAGGGUCUGAACACACUUUAUUGUGUGGGUUUAGUUUUUAAGGAGGGUCAAGAUGUGAAUAUAUAGUAUAUCCAGGAAUGAAAUGUAAAAAUGUAUCUAUAAAGAGAAAGUUUUACAUAUAAAGUACAUACAAAUAUAUAAAUGUUAUAGGAGUGUAGUUUUAAACUCUUCUGGGAAUGAUUGUUUCUGUAGAACAUCACUUGCACUUUAAACUAGAUACAGUAUGUCAGAACAAACAUACAUAGGUUUAUUUUGGUUCGAGUCAAACUAAUAUAAACCAAAGUAUAUUUGUUCUGACAUAUGUUUGUUCUGACACUAUGUCAGUGUAUUUCUUAUCAAUGGAUUUUUGUUUUGUUGUAAAUGGCAAUAGCACAGGAUAGCCUCUAGAUCAAAUUAAGGGUAAAAUCUUUUUGACCUGAGAUUCAUUAUGGUGCUGUUCAUUUUGUAAACACUUGGUCAUGUAGUACGAAGCCCCUUAGAGGACAGGGCAAGAUUUUUUUUUUCUGAAAUAGUUUUGCCUUUGCAAUAGUUUGCAUUCCCUCGCAAUACAUUUACCAUGGUUUUAAUAUAGUAACCAUAUUUGAACAGGUAACCAUAUACAAUACCAUGGUAUUUGUAGGAAAACCAGUAACCGCAAGAAAUAACAUGGUUAAUCUAUAGCAAAACCAUGCUUACUAGUAUACCAUAAAAGUAUGGUUUCCAAAAAACAAAACUUGGUUAGCCUACAACAGUCAUGGUUACUACAAUAUUACUACAGAUAAAUUAUGUACACCAAAACUAACGCCAAAAGCUAUGGUUAAUACAGUCUACAAUAUUACUAUAGGAAAACCAACUAUGGUAUUUGUAUAGUAAAACCAUAAUAACCACAAAAUUAUGAUUUUUAUAACCAAAGUUUUAGUUUUCCUGUAUUAUCACUAUGGUUUCACUACGAAUAUCAUGGUUAAAGGUAUAGCUAUCCCCCAAAUUAUGAUUUUCUCAUCAUUUACUCACCCUCAUGACAUCCAAGAUGUGUAUGUCUUCCUUCUGCUGAACACAAUGAUUUUCAGCUCUGUAGGUCCACACAAUGCAAGUAAAUGGUGGCUAAAACUUUGAAGCUCCAAAAAGCACAUAAAGUCAGCAUAUAAUAAUCCAUACAACUCCAGUGGCUAAAUCCAUAUCUUCAGAAGCAAUAUGCUAGGUGUAUAUGAGAAACAGGUCAAUAUUUAAGUCCUUUUUUCUAUAUAUUCUCCUCCCUUCCCUGUAGGUGGUGAUAUGCACAAAGAAUGUGAAUCACCAGAAACAAAAGAAGAAUGUGAAAGUGAUAGCAGUGAUUUCUAGUAAAAAAGACUUAUUGAUGUUUUUCCAUCCACACUAAUCAUAUAAACUCUGAAGAUAUGGAUUAAACCACCAGAGUCUUAUGGAUUACUUUAAUGCUGCCUUUAUAUGCUUUUUGGAACUUUAAAAUUCUGGCCAUCAUUCACUUGCAUUGUAUGGACCUACAGAGCUGAAAUAUUAAUAAAAAAAUCUUCAUUUGUGUUCAGCAGAAGAAAGGAAAUCAUACUCAUCUGAUGGGAUGAGGGCGAGUAAAUGAGAGAAUUUUUAUUUUUGAGUGAACUAUCCCUUUAAAUUUGACUGUAGAAAAACUAUGGUAUAUGUAUUGCAAGGGAAUGCAAAACUAAUUCAGAAAAAUAAUUCCUGCCCAGUCCUCUGUAAUGUAGAGUCAUGUCAUGAUAUUUACAGUACUAUUUCUGUGACUUGCACAACUCAAGGUGCAGAAAGUUUACAUUGAUAACGUCAUGGGCCCUGUUGCUAUGCCAACAAUUUUGAUUAGCAUGAAUAUGAUGGACGUUUGUGUGGUCAGAUGACACCUAUGAUUGAUUCUAUAGCACAGAAUGUUCCAAAUGAGUUCGGCUUUCAGAAUCUUUAAUUUUUAUUUAUUUUUUUCCUCCAAGUGCCAUAAUGAAAUUUUAAUGGGAGUAAAAAAAACAA